AUGGUGUAUGGCAAGAGAUGUCAUCUACCAGUAGAACUGGAGCACAAGGCGUUUUGGGCAGUCAAUAAGGUGAACUACGACAGGAACAAGGCAGGGCAAGCAAGGAGGCUAGAGAUCCAAGAGCUUGAGGAAAUCAGAAGAGAAGCAUACGACAAUGCAGUGCUCUACAAAGAAAGAAUGAAGAAAAGCCACGAUGCCCUGAUCACAAACAAGCAGUUCAGCUUUGGGCAAAAGGUACUCUUGUACCAAACGCGGUUCAAAUUCACCAAAGGCAAGCUGAGCACCAAGUGGGCUGGACCCUUUGAAGUACAAGCCCAAUUCCCAAAUGGGGCCGUCAAAGUCAAAAGUCUAAAGUCAGGAGCAGUGUUCAAGGUGAAUGGACAAAGACUGAAAGCUUAUUAUGUGCAUGAACCAAACAUUGGAGAGGAACUAGAUCUCUCACCAACCACAAACCACCUGGUUUGA